UUGAAUAGUUACGGUACAUAAACUGUACUAAAAAAAUCUCUUUUUUUCUUUCAGGUUUUCGAAGAAUUUGGUGCUAAACCCAAGAGGAAGAACCUUUCGGGUUGAAGGCAGCAAUGGAACUUGUUGUGACCGAGGAGAAGAAGAAGAUAUUCCGUGCUAGGAAAACUAUGAAGAUCAGUGACCGACAGCAACUGGAGACCCUUCACAGCACUUUCUUGACAGCAGCUGUGGGGAUGUCCGAAACUGCUUCGCCACCUCUAAUGAAUGGCACGCACAAGGAGGAUGGACAAAAAGCAGGGUCCAAAGAGCCAAGCAACGCCUCGGACUCAGGCUCCCCUCAAGUUGCAUCCCCUGCUUCUCCGUCUACUUUCCUUUCCCUAAAUCUGUCUCCUUCCCCUUCCUCUUCACAAAGUUCAAAGGCUAAGGAUGAGACUUGUAGUCCUUCCACAUCUCCAUUCCACUCCUUGAACUUAGAACUCAAAAAGAUUGAGGAGGAAAAGCCCAAGAAAGGUUCGUCUUUGUCCUCAUCAAAGGAAUCUGUUCCAGUAUCCUCAGCAGAAUCUAAGGAAAACAAGGAAAAAGAAUCUGAGGUGACACCGGCCCUGGAAAAGGAAGAGGAUGACAAAACUACAACAAAGGACCCCGCUAAGGAUUUGCAAAAGGAUUCGGUUGAAGGUUUGGCUCCAUGUUUGCCCCCUCCAGGAUCUAACUGCACAGAACCAAUGGAUACAGACACUACAAAGGCCAAGGACACUGAGGCGCCCACAACCAAAGCGAAGGUUGAAAAGCCUUCUUGCCCCAAAACUACCACUUCUGAUUCCCCAAAUACUUCUCCUUCCUCAUCUCAACCAGCUUCCUCUUCCAACAAUAUAAAACAAGACAAGGAUGUCAAAAAGGAUGAUGGGAAAAAAGUAAAGAUUGAAAAGGAGGAUGGGAAAAAAGGAAAGGUUGAUAAAGAGAAUGGGAAAAAAGAGAAUGGGAAAAACGUAAAGGGUGAAAAGGAUGCUGCUAAGAAAGGAUCAAUGAAUGAGGAAAAGAUGGAUGUGGAUAUAGUGAAAGUAGAGACCAAAAAGGAAAAAGCUGAUGUUGGAAAAACCAAAAAAACUUCUCGACCAUCUUCCACUCCACCAUCUAAUACAGUGCAAGAGGAAAAGGGCUCCACCUCCGGACUGAAGCGCACUUUAUCAGAGGGAUCUCAAAAUGAUGUAGAAGCCGUGAAACGUGAGGGGAAGAAACCCAAAGUGGAGCGUGAGGAGUUGGAGGCACAACUGGAAUUCAAAUUCACUACAAAGGCUGGCAGUCACAAUAAACUUGAAAAGAUUGUGCAGCAUCUCGUAGAAGAGCGGUUGAAGGCCUUGGAGCAGAGCCUUUAUGAUAAACAUUUCCAUGAGCUGAAGGAAAGAGUCGACAAGAUUGACUGUGCCACUAAACACCAGACCGCCAUUAACACACUCCAAGCCAAGAUAAACCGACUAACGAAAAAGUUUGGUGAGGCCAAUCAGGCGUCAGAGAACAAAAGGAAACAGGAGACGCUAGCUGCUGUAUCUGCUGCUGUAUCUGUUGCUGUAUCUGCUGCUACCGCUUCUGCUGCUGCUGCUGCUGCUGCCAAGACUGUGACUGUUGCAAACAGUUCUCAAACUCAACGGCCAGUUCGUACCUCCAUGGAGCUCAAGCAGAUCCAAACAACUACUUCGCCCUCAACAGGUGCAAAUCCAUUCCUGCUUGCUUCCACCACAGGUCUGAUCCAUACGCCCACCUCCACUGCCAUGGUUUCACAGGCUCCCAUCCUCCAGCUGAUCACCACCACCUCUAAUGCUGGCUCCACCCUGACCGGUGGCACCACCACCCAGAGUUCCACCGGCACGCUGCUGAAGACGCCCAGCGGGAGCAGCAUGAUGGCAGCGGGCCAGCCGCUCCUCAUCCAGCUGCCUUUAUCAAUGACCAACGGCCAGGGAGGAAUGCUCGUCAACAUCCCUGUCUCCUCUCUGUCUGCAGCCACGUCCCACAGCAAGGCGAAAACCACGACUACCACCACCACUUUUAUACUCAAGCCUGCUUCCGCUAUUACCACUUCCUCGGCCUCUGGUCCCACUGUCGCUACCGUCCCCUCAUUCCAGCCCUCCACUGGCAUGGUGUCCCCCACCCAGAUCUCUAUCGCCCGGGCUGUGUUCCAGGGUGGUGCUGGGGGAAUAACCACACCCAAUGCAGGGGUAUCUGUGACCACAGCCAGGGCCCCGGCUCAGUCUGUGUCUGUAGCGGGAGCCAUGUCUUCAGCCUCUUCACCGGCAGCCUCUGGGCCCGCUGCUACAGGAUCCACCGCUCCAGGACCGCCACAAGGGACAUCCCUCACAUCAAAGACAGACAACCAGGCUACCGUUUUUACUCCGUCCAAAGCAGCUGCUCCAAGUUCGCGACCAAAAGGCUCCGUCAUCGACCUCACUGAGGACGAUGAUGAUGUACAAGUGACCGGAGUGAAGAACGCCACAGCUGCAGCUCCCUCACCCACCCAGCGUCCGAAUCCUGUCCUCAGCACCCCUUCCAGUGCAGGAGCGAGAUCGUCCCCGCAGAGCAAUCCUCAGCUGACGGUCCACCAUCGCCCCCCACUGGACUCUCCUCUGAAAUCCCGCCCUGUAACCACUACUACGCCGACACGGGGCUCUAUUGUGGUGCUGCCCCCGCUCCCCGCUGCACCUGCACUGGCACGCUUACCCCCAGAGGCGGAGCGCUCCUCUCCUCCGCAGCAGCCUCAGCUGAAGCUGGUGCCCAGCCAAACCGGCAUAGUGCUGUCCUGGUGUGUGUCGGAAACGGAUCGGACCUGUGCGGCUGUGGACAGCUAUCACCUCUAUGCCUUCCAUCAAGACAACUCCAACAGUGGUACAGCGCAGCAGCACUGGAAGAAGAUUGGGGAGGUGAAGGCCCUCCCGCUGCCCAUGGCCUGUACGCUGACCCAGUUCCAGUCCGGCUCCACGUAUCAUUUCGCUGUUCGAGCCAAAGACAUUUGCGGGCGCUUCGGCUCCUUCUGUGAACCUCAGUGCACAAAUGUCAUCAAUUCCAACUCUAGCUGAACAGUGAAGGAAUGGAAACAUUUUUCUUUAUGACUUCCUUAACGUCAUUUUGUGUUUAGAACUCAAAUAAUGUGCGUGGAACUCUUACAGUAUCUGUAAAUACUUCUCUACAUAACAAUGGGACUUCUGACUGAGUUUGAGGAUUGAAGCGGCAAACUGUUGGUUUUGUUUGGUUCAUGUAUGAAUUGUAUCUUAUGUGACUGUUGUAUAUAAUUGAAUUACUUUACCUCUCCACCGGGUCAGAUAUUUAUGUUGUUAUCCCCUGUUACUCUGAUCCGGAUGUCUUCUGCUUGAGUUGAGAAGAGGUGAAAGGAUUAUCCUUGUAAAUUGCACAGAACUGUAUAGAUGUGUGGUAGAAACUGAAUGAUCAUUUUUUUAAGUUUUGUCUGGCAACCAGACUUUGAAAAACACAAUAAAAGGUUUUAUUAAA